GUACUAGGUUUUUAUCUCGUCAGUGUUUCAGAAAUAAACCUAUUUUCCCCCUAACCCCAUUGUCUCAAAUCUCAAUUUUUUGUGGCUUCAUCAAGAACAGCCACAAACUAAAACAAAAAUGUUAUCUUUCAAUGUUUUUCCAACAUCAUCAUCUUCCUCUGUCACUUUCACGAAACCAAAUCACCAUUUUUCCAUCAAUGCAUCACCAAAUCUUCUCAACAGGUUUCACCAUGAAAGCUCCAAACUUUCCUUCAAACCCAUAUCUCAGAUCCAUCAUUCAACCACAAAGUUAUCAUCUUUCAACAGAUUUCUCACACACCCUUUUGAGUUUUCACCAAAACCCAGAAACCAAAUUUUGAAAGCUGUAUCUGAUGAAGGUGAAAUUUCACAACCCAUUAAUCCUAAACCCAAGAAUCUCAAAAAACUUGCUCUUGUUUUUGGGUUUUGGUACUUUCAAAACAUUGUUUUCAACAUUUACAACAAGAAAGUGUUGAAUAUUUUCUCUUUUCCAUGGCUUCUUGCUUCUUUUCAGCUCUUUGUUGGUUCCAUUUGGAUGCUUGUUCUUUGGUCUUUAAAGCUUCAACCAUGUCCAAAAAUCUCAAAACCUUUCAUUUUUGCACUACUUGGACCUGCUUUGUUUCAUACUAUAGGUCACAUUUCAGCUUGUGUUUCGUUCUCUAAGGUUGCUGUGUCUUUCACACAUGUUAUUAAAUCAGCAGAACCUGUUUUUUCUGUCAUAUUUUCUUCUGUUCUUGGUGAUAGGUAUCCAAUUCAGGUUUGGCUUUCAAUUUUACCAAUUGUGCUUGGUUGUUCUUUAGCUGCUGUUACUGAGGUAUCUUUCAAUGUUGGAGGAUUGUGGUGUGCUCUGAUUAGCAAUGUUGGUUUUGUGUUGAGGAACAUUUAUUCGAAAAAAAGUUUACAAAAUUUCAAAGAAGUUGAUGGUUUGAACUUAUAUGGUUGGAUUACUAUACUUUCAUUUAUGUAUCUUUUUCCGGUAGCGAUUUUUGUGGAAGGUUCUCAAUGGAUUCCAGGGUAUUAUAAGGCGCUUGAAGCUAUUGGAACCCCUUCGACUUUUUAUAUUUGGGUUUUGGUUUCUGGUCUGUUUUAUCAUCUUUAUAAUCAAUCAUCUUAUCAAGCAUUGGAUGAAAUUAGUCCAUUAACUUUCUCUGUUGGAAAUACAAUGAAGAGAGUGGUAGUGAUUGUGUCUUCGAUUUUGGUGUUCCGGAAUCCGGUUAGGCCUCUUAAUGGUCUUGGAUCUGCCAUUGCUAUUCUCGGGACUUUUCUGUAUUCACAAGCUACAGCUGCAAAGAAAGCAAAGAAAAUUGAAGGGGAAAAGAGUAGUUAGAGAAGUAGAAAGGGGGUAAGAAGAGAGGAAAUUUUUGAAGAUGAUUACUGUUUGAUUAUUUUAGUAGUACUUUUAGUCAUGUUAGAUUUAGACAUUCAACAAGAUCUUCCAUUCUUGUUUCUUUUGAACUAUUGUUGUGAUUUUUCUAUUGAUAUUUCAAAGCAGUUAUUUUAAUUUGGUUUA